GGGAACACUUGCCCCCGAUUUCUGACUGCUCGGACUAUUUCUACAAAGCAGCACAACCUUUACUGUACAGCCAUCGGUGUCAUUUUCGAAGUACAUUUCUAUUAAACCUGUACAUAAGAUCUUACACAAAUAACUAUAACGUUUAACGUGAAUUGUCGGCAUUAAAGGAGGAUUUUGAUUGGACCGAUCAUAAAACCGGAUGCUGGGAGACAAAACUCAGGGCCUCAAUUUCCCACUCACCGAGCUUGAGAAGGCUGUUAGCGAGCAGCUAGUGAGCCAUAAGCGACAUGUGUGGGUGACCUGAGUGUUCGACGAUGGUGACCUCGGCUGGGCGCCUUCUGAGGGCUGCCGCCAAACUGCUGUCUGCAACACGCUGGAGUCCAGGAUGUGUGUGGUGCCCGUGCAGGAACAUUUCUGUGAAACCAGGAGGUUUGCAACCAAAGACACUUCCUGCUCGUUACCUGGGUCAACCAAGCCCGUUCACCCAUCCACACCUCCUCAAACAUGGUGAGGUGACCCCCGGCCUGAGUCAAGCAGAAUACGAGCUGCGCCGACACAGACUGGCCUCCCUGGUGGAGGCUCAGUGGGACAGGCUUGCCUCCGACAGCAGCCAUGUGCUCCUGGUUCUGUCCCACCCCACCCGCUACAUGACUAAUGACAUCCCCUACCCCUUCCACCAGAACCAGGACUUCCUCUACCUGUGUGGCAUCCUGGAGCCUGACAGUGCUUUGGUCCUGUAUGGGAAAGGACGACCAGACAAGGCCAUCUUGUUUGUCCCACGUCGAGACCCAGGCAGGGAGCUGUGGGACGGCCCGCGGUCGGGGAAGGAUGGAGCGGCCGCUCUGACUGGCAUAGAGAGGGUCCACAGCACAGAAGAACUUGGUCUUGUUCUCAGAAGCAUCAAAGGCUCCACGCUGUGGUACGAUAGUUCCAGUCCGUCCCACCCUGGCCUCCACCAGGCCCACGUCAGUCCCCUUCUCGAGGCGGGGCCGAUGCCACGCCCCCUGAGACCCCUCAUUCAUUCACUCAGGGCCCUUAAAAGUUCAUCAGAGGUGGCCCUCAUGCAGGCGGCAGGUCGCAUCACAGCACAAGUGAGCUUCAGGAGGACAAUGGCUGUGUCUGGAGAUGUGGAUGAAUCUUUGCUCUACGCUAAGUUUGAUUUUGAGAACCGACUCCAUGGUGCUAAUUUCCUGGCAUAUCCACCGGUGGUAGCUGGAGGGAAUCGUGCCAACACUCUGCACUACAUCAACAACAACCAGAUGAUUAAGGACGGUGAAAUGGUGCUCCUGGAUGGCGGUUGUGAAUAUUUUGGUUACGUCAGCGAUGUUACCCGAACGUGGCCGGUAAACGGGCAAUUUAGCGCUGCCCAGGCAGAACUUUAUGAAGCUGUUCUGGAGGUCCAGCUCUCCUGUUUGUCCCUGUGCUGCCCAGGUGUCAGUCUGGACCACAUCUACAGCACCAUGCUGGCCCUGCUGGGCAGACAGCUCAGGCGACUCGGCAUGGUCAAGGCCGGGAGCAGUGAUGCCCACGCGCUGAAGGCUGCAAGGCACUACUGCCCCCAUCAUGUGGGACAUUAUUUGGGCAUGGAUGUCCACGACACUCCUGAACUGUCCCGCUCGCAGCCUUUACAGUCUGGAAUGACCAUCACCAUAGAACCAGGAUUGUACAUUGGUGAGGACAAUGAGCAGGUCCCGGAGCGUUUCCGCGGCAUGGGCAUCAGGAUCGAGGAUGACGUGUUGAUUCGGGACAAGGGGGGGCCUCUGAUUUUAUCCUCAGAUGCCCCAAAGACCAUCGCUGAAGUCCAGCUGGCCUGUGCCCAGAGAUAGGGCAGGGUGAGACAGGUGAGGUCUGCUGCUCAGCUGUCUCCAUGGUGAUGAUCCAGGUACAUCCAUGACUGGCAGCACAAUAUUACAAAUUGCAUAAAAAUGUCAAGACUAUUUUGGUUCCUUGACUUGUCCCCUUUUUGCCAACAUUGACCUUGGAAUCCAACUCUACAAACAUCUUAAUGAUCAUUUGUCAGAUCCAGUCCCCGCAUUUGAAUUGUUUUGCACACACAUAUGCAUCCAUUCACAUGAAAUGUUGCUUAUCGUAGGUAUUCCCCAGACAAUCUGUACCAUGUCAAUAGGAUGACUUAGCAGGGGUGUCAAAGACAUUUUAGCUCAAGGGCCACAUGAAGGAUAUCUAUUCCCAAGUGGGCCAGACUGGUAUAAUUAUGACAUGAUAACUUAAAAAUAAAGACAACUUCCGAUUGUUUAUUUUGUUUAAAAAUUGAGCAAGCACAUUCUAAAAAUGUACAAAUGAUAAUGAGGUUUUUUUACACUUACAUGUUGCGGUGAAUAGUAUUCUGUUUUCAUUUGUCUUUAUUUAUACUUUCUGAAUAAAUGAUGUGAUUAUGUUCAUCAGUCAAAUAGGUGGAAUUGAGUCUGGCAGAGUUUUAAAAUGUUGCUUUUGGUAUUAAAUUUUUAAUCCAUCAGAAGAUUAAAUAAAUACAUUAAAAUCAAUGUACAGGAUGUUGUUAAUGUAAUUGACUCAUUUUCCUUAACUUAUGUACUAACAUGUAGUUUAUUCUGUACAUCAUCUACAACUAAACCUUUCAAUUUGGACUCAUUGCAUGAAGCGAGAAGGGGAUACGUAUUAUUUCUACAUUUUGAUGUGUGCCCACAGUCAUAAGUACAAAAGGAAAUGUUCAGACUAUCAAAAGUAUUUAUUUGGGUAUAAAUAAAUGUCACAUAUUUGACUAACAAUCCAAGUUUUGUUUCCUAUCACUAAUAAGCAGCAUGAAUAGUGGUGUCCAAACAGGAAGUGUUGCCUCUAUCUUAACACAACACAUAGCUCCGCCCCCUUCAAAGUCACUCUCCAGCAGGGCUUCCUAAGAAUUGCUAUUGCGACAUCUAGUGGACACAUUUAGAACAGCAGUUUAUUUCAUCCCAAAAAAUCCGCUCAUUUUUAUUCUUAGCAAAGCCAUCUCACGGGCCAGAUAAAAAGCUGCUGUUGGGGCCGCUCCGUAUGUUUGACACCACUUUGAGUUAGUGUAUAUUGGCAGAAAUCUGCCUUAUUGAUCCAUAUAUAUUUGACAUGUCUUUAAAUAUCACUUUUGGUCUUUCAAAUGAUUAAAGAAUUUUAAUUUUGGUUUAAUCCAAAAACCUU